AUGUGUUCACUAGCUGAAAACAAGGACAGCCCAUCAGUUUCCAUUAAACCAAAACUUGUCCUCUUUUACAAGUUUCCAGUCUACUACGAACUAGCUUCAGCAGCAGGUUUUGACAUAUUCAAGUCUUGUUCCAAAACAUGUGAACUGACUGUCAACAGCACGAGAUUUGCAGAAGCUGACGUUGUUGUCUUUUUCUCACACUCCCACAUUAUAUGGGUAUUUUUCUCUGUGGAAAGCCCGCCAAAUUCGGCAGCUUCUAGAUUUGGAAAUGAAGUUUGGCAUGGAUUGUUUAAUUGGACCAUGAGCUAUAGGCAUGACUCUGAGUUCUGGCAUGGGUAUGUCAGGUCUGAGAAGCGAAAGCAGCCUGUUGCAAAUGAAACAAGAGCUGCAGAUGAGAAAACAUGGAGAGAGUUAUUUUCCAAAAAGCAAGGGCUUGUUGCCUGGUUUGUUAGCAAUUGUCAGACAGAUAGUAGAAGAGAAAUGUAUGUCACAGAGUUGAUGAAACACAUUCCAGUAGACAUAUAUGGAACGUGUGGGACUUUGAAAUGCACAGAACAAGACAAAUGUGUACAGAUGUUACGCACAAAGUAUAAAUUUUAUCUUGCUUUUGAAAAUUCCUUGUGUAAAGAUUAUGUGACAGAGAAGUUACUGAAAAUUUACAAUAUUGGAGGUUUAAUCCCUGUUGUGCGGGGAGGAGCAGACUAUCACAAACUGUUUCCUCCAAAUUCUUUUAUAGAUACAAGUGAUUUCUCUUCUCCCAAGAGUUUAGCUAAUCAUUUGCACAAGUUGGCUGACAACGAGGAUGCAUACCUCAACAUGCUGCGCUGGUCCUGGGAUUAUCAAGUUCUGGGGCCGAAGCUGCCUCUCUGUAAACUCUGUGAGCGACUGUACGAGCCGAAGCGUGUCUCUUGUGUGUACAAGAAUGUUUAUGCCUGGUGGUCCGACAAAAUCUGCCAUGCACCUAGAGAUCUUUAA